AAUGAAAUUGUCCAUUCCAAUCCGUCUGAUCAUACUGUGCUUUGCGUACUUGGAUGAUGCUUGGAGCGUGGCCUUGAUAUACAAUUGAACGCCUCCUUGACAGUUUUCGGUGAACGACCUUAACAUGGCACUGAUCUGGCCCCCGCCUUCACCGAAGGUGCCCCGCCCACUGCCCCUCUAUUUGCAUAAACAUUUUGGUGCCGGCUUCUAGCUCCCAGCUCCCAGAGCCCAGUCCAGAGUCCAAUUGCACGAGCUUCCGCGCUGUUGACUGCUUUUUCUUUUGAGAGGCAGCUAUAGCGACAAUGGCAACCAAGGGCAAAGAAGCCACACCCAGCGGCAAGGAGGCCGGAUCUACGAACCCGCGAGGUAUUCCGUAUGCGCCAUUCGUCGACAAGGUCGAAGACUAUGUCACCUCACGCGAGGAGGUCGAGCCGACCCUGCGCCAGUUCCAGGAGAUGAUCUCCAAGUACCAGUUCAUGGAGCUCAACCUGCAGAGGAGAGUGGCGGGGUUAGAAGACAAGAUGCCAGAUAUCCAGAAGACCCUGGAGACCGUGCGCUUUCUACAGACGAGAACAGAAGAGUCCGACCCGAUUGAGACGACUUUCGAGCUCAACGACACGCUGUACGCGAAGGCCUCGGUGCCGCCUACAGACGAGGUAUACCUGUGGUUAGGGGCAAAUGUCAUGCUGUCGUAUCCGAUUGAUGAGGCAGAGGCACUACUGGAACAAAAGCUUUCCGCAGCCAAACAAAGCUUGGCAAACUGCGAGGAGGAUCUGGAUUUUCUGAGGGAACAAAUCACGACGAUGGAGGUAGCGGUUGCGAGAGUAUACAACUGGGACGUUGUUCAGAAGCGCAAAGAUAAGGCUGACGAGGAAGGCAAGGGCAGGAGUAAAGAAGGCAGCAAAGGCCAGUCAAAAGAUUGAAAGUCCAAAAAAUGACAGAUAAGGGGGUUUCGACCUUGGAUACGCGCCGCAGCCUUUUCAUUUGACACCCAAAAGGCUACAUUCUUCCGCCAAAAAAAAAGCACAAGGCAUUUAAGCCAGCGGUGUGGUGGUUGAAGUAGUGCAAAGAAGUCGUCCCAAUCGUCAGCCGCAUUUUACACUGCGGGUUUGCUUGACAAGGACAGCUUUGUGGCUGCGCUGCGAGGCAAGGUUGGUCAAUUCAUGAAGUUAGUAUAGGCGCAACUAGACCCCGUGCCGACGUCGAGGAGAGGCAGAGAGGCCUGACGUCAGAUUCCAAAUGUCAUUAGAUUAAACCACCAAACAUCUAACAGGGAAGACGUUUCUUAAUCACCGAAACACAGCAA